AUGGCCGAGGAGUACGCGCGCUCCCCGUGCGAGCGCUUCCCCACGGCGGGGGCGUUCAGCGUGGCGCCGCCGGAGAGGCUCAGCCCGCCGCCGCCCGCGCCGCUGCCCGAUCGGUUCUCGGCGUCACCGCGGCGGGUGCGCCGGUGCGCGGAGGCGGAGCGCGCGCGCCGGCCGCGCUAUGUGCCGCCCGCUGCGCACGUGCCUGUCGAGCGGUAUGUGCCACGGCCGCCGGCGCCGUUGCGCCCGCCGCCGCCGGUUUACUGCGGGCUGGCGUGCCGGCCGCCGCCUCCGGCGCCGCGCAAGUGCUGCGGGCCCGCCUGUCGCGAGGAUAUCGGGGGCUCGCCGCCGCCGGCACGCUAUGUGGAGUACGUGGGUGCGGCGGCGGCGCGGCGCCUUGCCUGUACGCCGCCGCCGCCGCCGCCACCCGCGCUGCAGCUGCCCUGCGAGCCCCAAGAGCCGCCUUGCUGCAUGCAGGCUCGCAGGCGCCCUCAGCCUCCGCAUGAUUGGCGAUCAAGCGCAGGCCUGCUGGCGCCGCAGCUGGCAUGCCAGACAUCAACAUCAACAGCGGCGCCGACACAAUCCCACCAACCGCCGGCGUCACCACCUCGGAUCGUGUCUGCGCCACCACCUGCGCUUGCGCAACCGGUCCCUGAAUCCGUGCCCCAACCAGCGCACGAGGAAGGGGUUCGACUCCGGCGUGUCCAUACGGUCGCGGUCCGGGACUACCUUAAGAGAGAGACGCAAACGUUUUUUGGAGUCCAGAGGGAUAAUGAGAGGGAACAAAAGAAACUGUGGUAUGAAAGGCGGAGAAGGCACGCGGCGCGGGCGCUCGGCGACCUCCGGCUCGACCUGCCACCGGAUCAUCAUCCGGAUGAUGAUGAUAUUAGGUAA